GACAACAUGACAAAAUGGAGAACUGAGAACGGGACUUUGUGGUAAUGCAAUUUUCAUGACAAGUACCCGUCAAAUCCCUCCUCUGAACCAAGAGUAUCUAUUUUCACUCAAUUCAAUAAGCAGAGACACUUUUCAAACAUGCCCAGGUCACGCUCUAGAAGCAAGUCCCCUCGAAGGAAGAGUCGCAAGAAGAGUACUAAGCGAUCGCGAUCUCGAUCCCCUCACUCCAAGAGGAACCGCUCCAAAGAAAGGAAACGUUCCCGUUCACCGCAUUCCAAGAGGAACCGCUCCAAAGAAAGGAAACGUUCUCGAUCCCCUCACUCCAAGAGGAACCGCUCCAAAGAAAGGAAACGCUCCCGUUCACCGCAUUCCAAGAGGAACCGCUCCAAAGAAAGGAAACGUUCUCGAUCCCCUCACUCCAAGAGGAGCCGCUCCAAAGAAAGGAAACAUUCUCCUUCACCCGCUCGAUCCCCUCACUCCAAGAGAAGCCGCUCCAAAGAAAGGGAAGUUUCCCUUUCACCCACUCGAUCCCCUCACUCCAAAAGAAGCCGCUCCAAAGAAAGGGAAGUUUCCCUUUCGCCCACUCAAUCCCCUCACUCCAAGAAGAGCCGCUCCAAAGAAAGGGAAGGUUCCCUUUCACCCGCUCAAUCCCCUCACUCCAAAAGAAGUAAUUCCAAAGAAAGCAACAGUUCCCUUUCGCCGAUUCAAUCCCCUCACUCCAAGAGGAACCACUCCAAAGAAAGGAAACGCUCCCUUUCGCCCACUCGAUCCCCUCACUCCAAGAGGAACCACUCCAAAGAGAGGAAACGGUCCCUUUCACCCACUCGAUCCCCUCACUCCAAGAGAAGUCGCUCCAAAGAAAAGAAACAUUCUCCUUCACCCGCUCGAUCCCCUCACUCCAAGAGGAACCACUCCAAAGAGAGGAAACGUUCCCUUUCACCCGCUCGAUCCCCUCACUCCAAGAGGAACCACUCCAAAGAGAGGAAACGGUCCCUUUCACCCACUCGAUCCCCUCACUCCAAGAAGAACCACUCCAAAGAAAAUAAACAUUCUCCUUCGCCCACUCGAUCCCCUCACUCCAAGAGGAACCACUCCAAAGAGAGGAAACGUUCCCUUUCACCCGCUCGAUCCCCUCACUCCAAAGGCAAUUGGUCCAGAGAAAGAAAACGUUCUCCCUCCCCCUCCUCCAGACGAAGCAGUCCCUUUAUACGACGAGACAGGUCUCCAGUACGACGAAUCAGAAGCAGGUCAAGAGAUCGGUUUGGACGUACUGUCAGCCGGAGACCGGAACAGGAAAAAGACAAAAAAGACGAUGAGGACAAGAAAAAGAAAGAUGAGGAGCGACGACUGGCAGAAGAGAGAAUCAAACGAAAGCGUCAAGAUGAUCUCCAAGCUCGACUCAUUGAGGAGGAAACGGCUAAGAGGGUGGAGGAGCUUGUUGCUGAGCGCGUCCAGGAAGAACUGGAGAAGCGAAAAGACGAAAUCGAAGCCGAGGUUUUACGGCGAGUUGAAGAAGCUAAGAAGGUUAUGGAGCAGCAAAUGUUGGAGGAGAUGGAGAGGAAGAGAGUCGAACAAGAACAGGAGGAGGAGUCCAAACGAAUUGAGCGAGAGCAUGAGGAGAAACAGCUGCAAGUUAUAAUGGAGGAAAACAACAGGAAGAUCCUUGAUGCACAGAGACGACUGGACGAGGAGAGACUUCAAAUGGUGGAGCAGAAGAGGAAAAUGGACGAAGAACGAAGGGCGCUAGAGAAGGCACAGAGAAAGGCUCAGAAAGCACACCAGGACGUUAUAUUGAACAGAAAGGGCCAGACUAGAGCAAAACUAUCAUUUGCAAUCACUCCUAAAGCUGAAUAGUUGUCUGUUUAGUGUCUAUUGUCUAUUGCUUUUUGUAUAAUAAUGUAUGCAAUUUUUUUUCAGGGUAAUAAACUUGUGGAGCCAAUUUAA